CGGUUGGAUUCCUAUUCCUGCUCAGCUCCAUGACUGUGGACUCUGUUUGCAUAGUGGACAACGGCACGAUAAGAAAGCACAAAUGAGUAAGAGAGUGUUGUUGGAUGCACAUGCACUCAGUGUCUUAAUAUGUCUGAGAUCUUGAACUGUUUCCAGCCAAAAAAGUUUCUACUUCCCUGAGUUUGUUUUCACACAUUGGAAAGUUUUCCAACCUGUUUUUCUUGAAAUUCUGUUCUAUUUAACAAACACUCCAGCAAAACUAAACUUGUCCUUUUAUACUUAACAAUUGUAUUUCCAUCCAACCAUCUUCUACCUCAUCCCCAUGCGGGUCGUGGGGGUGCUGGAGCCCAUCCCAGCUGUCUGUGGGCGAGAGGCGGGUCCUCCCUGAACAGGUCGCCAGCCCCUCGCAGGGAAACACACACACAGACAACCAUUCGCACACACACUCACACCUACGGGCGAGUCACAGUGACCGAUGAACCUAAUGCAUGUUUUUGGGCCGUGGGAGGAAGCUGGAGAACCCAGAGAGAACCCACGUUAACACGGGGAGGACAGGCAAACUCCACACAGAAAGGCACCCGGUCCGCUGUGAGGCGACAGUGCUACCCACCGCACAACCGUGAUUGUAUUUCAUUCAAUGUAAAAAAUAAACAUGUACAUUAAAGUACAGGUACUAAACAACUAAUGGGAGCAGGGUUACGUUAUAAUAGAUUCAUCCAUUUACAUCCAAACUGGACUUUGUGGUUUCUGUGUAUAUAAACAGUAUGAGGAAAUUGCUUCAUGUGGUGCAACACUUCCUCCUGUGAGAUUAGGAAACUCUAAGGAAGCCUUUAAUGCAGGUUCAGGCAAGAAGCAGCUUUCAGCCUCCGCUCAUCCCCGCGCCGAGGCUCCGUCUCCAGAUCCCACUUCCCUGGCUUCGUUUGUGUUACUGCAUGUUACGAUCAAUAAAAAGCUUCCAGGUGCCUUCCUCGUAUGUCACUGAAUGUUUUCAUGUGUCUAAUAUGUGUCUGAGUGUUUUGCAGAGGAUGCCCGAGGAGGUUAAACACAAGGGAAGGCGUGUGAGGAAGGAGGCGGCUCACAGGUACAAGGAAGGAAGGAUGAGGAAUCUUCUUGUGGCAGUGAUAGUGGGUCUUCUUGGUGCGGUCCACUCAACACCUGUCAGUACUGCGACUCUUACCAGCGCUGAGAAUGACGUUCUCCACGAGGCCAUGGUGGAUGAGCUGCUCAUCCCUUCAGUCACCACUCAAGCACAGAGCAAGGCCAGCAGUCAGGCAUCACAGCAGCCGAACGCCCACCCCGACAGCAGAGACGUGAAUGGGAGCAGUGAGAAGUCUGGAUCUGGAGUCUUGGAAGAAAAACUGGAGUCGAUCACUGAAGCAGCGUUCACCGAAUCUGGAUCAGGAACGUUUGAAGACAAAGCAGAGUCAUCCAUUCAAGCAAAGGCUGCAACAUUCACCGAAUCCGGAUCAGGGAUGUUUGAAGACAAAGCAGAGUCAUCCAUUCAAGCAAAGGCUGCAACAUUCACCGAAUCCGGAUCAGGGAUGUUUGAAGACAAAGCAGAGUCAACCACUGCAGCAACAGACACUGUGGCAUCAGAUGAGCUUCCCGGGACCCAGAGCUCUGAUGGGAAGUCUGGACGCAGAGUGAAGCUAGACCACGAGCCUUCUACCAUCUCCAGUACCACCUUCAAAGAGAAGCUGGUUCUUCCCAAAAGUAAAACUGGUUUAUACCAGGAAAUCCCACCUUCUGAUAAAGAACCGGCCCGGGAUGCAGGACAUGAGAGGACUCCAGGUUGGAUCGUCGUUCUGACCUGCAUCGUGGCUCUUGCCAUGCUGGUAAUUGUGUGUGUUGCCGUUGUUACCAGAGAAAGGUGGAACGGACCGCACCAGGCCCUGCAGCCGCAGAUCACGACCGGUGAGGAGAGGGAGAAGGAGAUGGAGAGCUUCCUGCACCACGACUCGCCCAGGGAGAAGGGAGGCCUGGACGAGUACACGCUGGUCCCUCUGGAGGCGCUUCCACAGAGCUACAGCACCCACUGAGGCCCGACCAGAACCGCCAGAACCAGCGGCUUUGGAGCGACAGUAGGGACGGCAGCCGCUCUCAGCUCUUCCAUCACCUUUGGUUGUGUAUUUAUUGCCAUAUCCACUACUUCAUUUCACUAUUAAUGGUCUAAAUCUUGUCAGCAAAGAGGAACAAAUACACAAAUGUUUUAUUUCCUAGUUUUCUUUAAAUAGGAAACAUUUGUGUCUGUGUAAAAUAUUGUGUGUGCUAAUAUUGUUAGAUUAUCUUUUUAGUAAGAUAAGAAUGUAUUUGUAACUUAUAUUAAGCCUGUAUUUUUACUUCCAUCGCUAUCUUUUCUUGGUGCCAGCAUCUACUGAAUGUACAUGUGCACAAAACCACAGCUGCUCAUCGAUUAGCGUUUAUUUGUUUCAAUGGUAUUUACACACGUCACAAAUGUCAGAGCCAAUUAAAACUCUUGAACCAA